AUGGUUUAUAAGAACAGAACUAUUGUAACUGAGUUUACACUUGCUGGGUUAACAGAAAGCUCUGAUCUGAAAUUCACUCUGUUUCUUCUGUUCUUCUUCAUUUACUGUUUGACUCUGUUUCAGAACUCAGCACUGAUAGCACUCAUCAGUUGUGAUGCCCAACUUUACAGUCCUAUGUAUGUAUUUUUGCGGCAGUUAUCAUUAAUUGAUAUUUGUUAUUCCUCCUCUGUCACAAUCAGGAUGUUAAUGGACUUUGUAUCAGAUAAAAGUUCAAUUUCAGUAGCUGGGUGUAGCCUACAAAUGCUUUCUUAUGCUGGAUUUGGCGGAAGCGAAUGUUUCCUUCUGGCGGCAAUGUCCUAUGACAGAUAUGUGGCAAUUUGUCACCCAUUAAUGUAUUUAAAGAUAAUUACCAAGCAAACACUGAUAAACCUUGUUUUACUGUCUUACAUUGGAGGUUUCCUCAAUGGCUUUGUUCAGACUUGCUUUUCCUUUUUCCAUCUGGACUUUUGCGAAAAUCCUCCGACCAUUAACCAUUUUUACUGUGAUGUCAUAGCGCUAAUUGAGAUUUCUUGUGGAGACACGAGCCUUAAUGAAAUGAUACUCUUUUCUUUAGUAGGCUUCAUUGAGCUCUCAUCUCUCUUUGUAAUCUUGGUAUCUUACUUGUGCAUAAUUAUAGCUGUUUUGCGAAUACGUUCCUCUAAAGGACGGGAAAAGGCCUUUUCUACUUGUGCUUCUCAUUUGACUGUUGUAACUCUGUUUUAUGGUACUAUUAUUUUUAUGUAUCUGAGACCUUCAAGUGCUUAUAGUCCGGAACAAGAUACAGUUAUUUCAGUGUUUUACACAGUAAUCAUACCUUUCCUUAACCCUUUAAUAUACAGCCUGAGAAAUCGUGAGGUAAAAAAUUCUGUCAGAAAGACUUGGAUUUGCAUCAAUUGCAAAUAA